UGGAGUGUUUAGAUCUUAUCUGGCCCUCGUACCGCCAUCGGAGAAUUUCCGAAAUUGCUGCGGCGCGAAAAAUCGAGGAUCCACCUAGCUUAAAAACUCCACUUUGAAUUCGUUCUCGAUCGUUCCUGGAGACGUUCCUUGACGAAAAAUCGCAGAGGCAGAAACGGGGUGACAUGAGUUCGCGAUAUGAAAUCCGAUUAAUUACGGAAAUCAAUCCGUAGAGUCGGCGGAUUUUGGAUUCCCUCGACUCGAUUUCGCGCGAUCGAAGAUCAAAUCAAUGAAAAGUAAAAUCGAACCCAAUUGUGCAUAUCGUAUUACGUACUGCUCUUGCUGUUUCCACGUACGUUUAAAAGAAUUCUUUGAAAACGGGUGUUAGUCGCUGUUUUUGGAUUCCAAGGAGAAUUUUUUACGUGAUUUAUUUGCGUUUAAAGGGACGAUGAAGUAGAUUCCAAGCCGAUUUAGAGAAUGUUAAUUGAGUCGAAAAUGCUACUUAUCAAAGUUGUUAAUAAUUCUCGAGGGGAGAAAUAAUUCUAGUAAAAAGAGUGUUAAUGAAAACGGUAGUGCCAUACGAUGCAAGGAGAAAUUACAAAUGGAUUGUUAAAACCUUUCGAUUUGAGGGGUUUAUCCGAUUGCCGGACUUUAACUUUGCCUUUAAAGUUUUCGAGGAUUGCGAAGAAAAAUUCUAAAGUGCUAAAUAAUAAUUAAUUAUUAUCCACUGGUGCAAGUAUUGGUCAAAAUGAAACCGCGCGGCCCACGAAUAUUUUGGUACAGCUGACCAUUGAUCAGGUGGGCAAUGUAAGGAGCCUCUGCUGGGCGCCAAGCAGAAUUCGUACAGGAUGACACCGACGGGCGGCCGAUCUCGCGCCGCCUCCGAGUCGAAUCCAGGGAUCUCCGCCAACGAGGAAUGCGUCGAGGUGACGAUCCUGGACGAAACCGGCGACGGAGGUCGACUUCCGGACGUCGUGGCCGAGAGCAAGCUCUACGGGUCGGAGGAGGAGCCCCUGGAGUCCUACCUGGCCAUCACGAUCCAGGUCUUCAUCCCCUUCCUCAUCGCCGGACUCGGCAUGGUCGGUGCCGGACUCGUCCUGGACGUGGUGCAGCAUUGGGUAGUGUUCGAGAAGGUGAACGAGCUGAUGAUCCUGGUGCCGGCUCUGUUGGGGUUGAAGGGAAAUCUGGAAAUGACCCUGGCCUCGCGACUCUCCACCCAGGCAAACCUCGGACACAUGGACACGCCUAAACAACAGUGGUACAUGAUCGUCGGGAAUCUCGUAUUAAUUCAGUGCCAGGCCAUCGUGGUCGGCUUCCUGGGGUCCUUGGUGGCCAUCGUGAUGGGAGCGUUUCGCAACGGAACCGUUUCCCUGGAUCACGCCUAUUUAUUGUGCGCCAGUAGCUUGGUCACCGCAUCCUUGGCGUCCUUCGUCCUUGGAUUGAUAACCGCGGGAGUGAUCGUCUUCUCCCGCCACUGCCACAUCAAUCCCGAUAACGUGGCCACUCCGAUAGCGGCCAGCCUGGGGGACAUCACCUCCUUGGCCCUCUUGUCCUGGAUCUCGACGGACCUGUACGAGUCCAUCGACAAGCACGAUUGGCUGGCUCCUCUGAUAAUCGCGUGCUACGUCCUCGUCACGCCUCUCUGGGUCUGGAUCGCCAAAAAGAACAAGUACACGAACGACGUCCUGUACUCCGGGUGGACCCCCGUCAUGGUGGCCAUGCUCAUCAGCAGCUGCGGGGGCCUCAUCCUGGAGUUCAUGGUGUCCCGGUUCGAGAAUCUCACGGUGUUCCAGCCGGUGAUUAACGGCGUGGGUGGAAAUCUGGUCGCGGUGCAAGCCAGCAGGAUUUCGACGGCCCUGCACAAGCAGGCCGAUCUCGGCACCCUCCUCAUCCCACCAGGCCAGACCCACCCGGUGAUCUUCAUCACGCCGAUCGCCAACUUCUUCGGCAAAGGCAUGCACGCGAGGACCACCAGGGUCCUCAUGGCGAUGGUCAUCCCGGGCCACAUAAUAUUCAUCUACAUGAUCAACUACAUGAAGGACGGCGAAACUUCCCUGACGCCGCUCUUCGUCUUCGUGUACCUCUGCGCGGCCGUGCUCCAGGUAGCGGCUCUGCUUUACAUCGCCUUCAUCAUGAUACAUUGGAUGUGGAAGAGAAAGAUCGACCCGGACAAUUCCGCCAUCCCGUACUUGACCGCGAUGGGCGACUUGCUGGGGAUCAGUCUUUUGGCGAUCGCCUUCCAGUUCUUGUACUUGGUCGGCGACCAGGACUUCGAUAUACCCAUCAAGCCCUAAUUCUAAGAUUUCCGGGUUCUCGAGAACGUACCGCGUAUUUAUUCAAGUGGAGACGACAGACUGGGAGGGACGUUCCUAAAAGGCUGUGGCCACGAGAAAGUACAUGUCGGGUGACUUGUCGACUUUAAGGAUCGUUAAAGGCCGGGUCGUUUGUACGCAGAGUACACGGGGAACGGGUAUACGUCCAUGCUUGCGUUAAUGAAAACCGCAUGACGGAAGGCAGAGAGAUAUGCUUGCUUUCGACGUCACGAGUCAGGGAGGAUACGCUCGAUGAGUUUCGUAUCGACGAGGAGGUACUGCCCGAUAAACGCAAGGUGAGGCAAAGACGGUAUUGCCGGGCAAGGUGGCAGGGCCUCGAUAUCGCGCCGUAAUUUCAUUAUUUGUGCCACCUUGCGUUUAUCCGGAGCAGCGUCAAUGCCAAACGCGAAAUGCCGGUUUCGAGUUCAUACUUCUGUGAAGAAUUGAGCAACCGUUGCGAAACCGUACGUGUAAAAAUGUUUAAUCCACCAAAGACGGUUUACUUGGUAAAGUCCGAGUGAUGGCUCACUCUUGCGUUAUCAGGUUCCGGUAGGUUAAUAUCUAUUAUUAGAAUUAUUACGGAGAGAAGUCGCAACGCGCGAUUAGGUUACGGAAGGAAGUCGGCGGCAGGAUGUUGUACAAAUACGUGGUUAAAUAUCAUGCCGAAGGAUUUUAAUUCGACCCGGCCUUUAAGGACGAGAUCUUAACGUUAAGGUCCUAUCCGUCUAAGCCCCGCGGAUUGACGAGGAAAAGUCUCGGCGUGAUUGCCUCCUUUUGUCAAUAGAAGUACCUGAGUUCGUUCGCUGCGAAGCAUCCGGCCUCGGUUUUGUGCGGUGUAGGGUUUCUUCGGACCGGGAGUCCAGAAGGAGUCUACGGCGUGAAAUUUCAUGCCAGUUCAUGACGCAGAGGGGCUUGGAAAAUCUUGGAAAAAGACGAAGACGGGUCGAGGGAGAGUUCCGUCUUACGGAUACGCGGAAGCCCCUGAAGGAUCGGUGACGUUUUAUUCAAAUCGGAGGUCGCCUCGUAAUAUUCCUUGGAAGAGAGAAUUUUUUUUAGUCUUCCGAGGUAGGCGGGUGAACGUCUCACGAGGGUAGGGAAAUUAUGCUCGGAUGUAAAGCACUCGGGUACGCGUGUCUUCGAAUAGUUGCCUUUGUAAAUACAUGACUAAGCAUGGACAAAUGACGAGUAAUUGUCGCGCCUGUGCGUUCUAUUUUUGAAAUCGCUAAGAAAAAUGGGAAGGAAAAAAAAGAUAGAGAUACGUCAAAGUUCGAUUACCGCGAAAGUUAUGCUUAAACGUUGAACCGGACGUCUUGCGGAUUUUCGAUUUCGAAUCCUUUUCGCCAGGGAUGUUCGCCACUCUUCGAGGCUCAGUGCUCGAUUUCGUGGAAGGAAACGAAGCUGCUGUUACAGGAAUCGUCAUUGCAUUUAUAUUCCGUAGAUAUCCGCUGAUUUUUCUACGCAUCGCCACCUAAACGUUGAAAGUAUUAGUUACGCCAUUCGCUUUAGGAAUGAAAUUUCAACAACUCGUUUUGUAUCCCAACUUCUCUCUUUACCGUUCAAUUCUUUCUUCGUUAACGUCCCGAGCAACUCUUGCAAAUCGUGCAACGCGCACGAAAAGUGUAAUGAAAUUCCGCUAGCAGUAAAAAUGUAGCUUUCGAGUUUCUUUUAUCUCUUGGAAUUUAAUCGUGCUCAGUGGUUUCGCGUUUUUCUUUGUCGUUACUCGGUAGGAUCGUAUGUUUUUAUACGCAGUUUUAUAAUCAAGAUUCUAAGUUGAAUCGAACGAUGCGUGUUACGAAGUUGUAAAAACGAGUGGUUCCCCUUGCCCCUCCUGGAACGCGUUACAACAAAGCCUGUAGAUUUUUUUAAAGCACCGAACCACUUCGUGCAUAAAUGAAACGUCCGUUAUGUUGAAGAAGCACUGUAAAUACGCGUACAAUGCACACCGCGAAUAUUUAUAAAUACCGUUCCGAAUGACUGAUAUUACUAUUUUGCAGAGAAAAGCCUACGAGAGAGACUCGUGAUACUUAUUUUCACGAUCCAUAGUUGAAUAUCAAAUCCGCUGUACGAACAAAGGUUUUUUCUUUUUUACAUACAUUAAUGGCGAAAGAGUAUGCGAAGUAUAUAAAGAUGAUUGUAAUCGAUUAGUUAGGAAAUGUCAAUGAUUAAGGAAGACUUUGAAGAUGAAGAUCUGCAGUAGAAAGUCGGCGAUAGUCGUAGCCAGGAAGUUUCCAUGAAAAAUUUGUUAGUUAUUCCUUGUAUAGUUGUCGAAGGUGUCAUUUAGGUAGUACGAUUUCCGUUCACGUAUCGAUCUGCAUGUAACGAAAAAAAAAGCCUAUCGACUCAGAGGUUCCUGCGUAGCAAAUCUAGUCUUGAAGAAAAAUCGUGAACUCUUAAUACUAAAGUUAUUGCCUGUUAAUUAGUGCACCGCGUGGCGGGAAACCGUGUUACAUGCCUUUAAACAUUUUGUGUUGCAAUUGUGUACAAUUAAUUAGAGCUACGGAUGUCUCGUAGAUCGAUCAACAAAAAUCCGCGCCUGUAUCGUAUAAAGGGCUUAGAAGGAAUGCUAAAGGAAAACGUCUAAAUCGUCGUCCUGUAAAUGUUGAUCUCUGUCACAUUUUGUAUCCACGAUUGUGAUCAGUAUUACGGAUAUUUAAUUUUUCAUCUUUAUGAUCUCUGAAUAUUUCGUUGCAUUUUUUUUUUUUUUUAAUGAAGUUCAACCCUUCCGACUCAUUCGCUUUUUUAAGGCUGGAAAAUUAUGCACCACGAGGGAAGUAGUGAAUUCGGUUAAUAAGUGGAUGCAGGAUGAGACAGAAAUUCGUGUUCGUGUAUAUAUUAUAAAUAGUAAAUCCUUUGUAUCAUCCGACAACUAGAAAAAAUUGUUGCUCUCGGUGCUGUAAUGUCGUGGGGUAUGUGCAACGUUUUAACAUGAUUGAGGUGACAUCCUUCAAGAUAUUGAGGAAAUUUUUGCCCGUUUUAAAAGUAAUAUCUGUACAAUUGUAAUUAGUGUAUGUUUAUCGAUGAAUGUAUUCAAAGAGUUUCGUGCCCAUUCCGAUGCAUGGAAAACGUGAGGAGUGUUAUUAAUUUUAACGUCCAUCGCUGCCUAAUAUUUCUAAACGGCCUUUUCCGCGUACUUGACGAAUUUCAGCACCUGUUAUUUUCUGUAUUAUCCGAAGAAUCAAAUAUUUCAGAAUACUCAAUUGCUGACAAUAACAUAUCUAACAGGGGUAACGUAUUUUUAGAUAGAUGUAAACGGUCCGAAUUGCCCCGCGAAGCUGGAAAACUGUUUUUAACGUUAAAAAAAAAGAUGAAAAAUUUCUGGAAAUUUUUAAUCGGUUUCUCAGGAAUUUACUUCGGCAAACUUUUAUGUUUCUAAGAAAUAUAAAGCAACGUGUCAAUCGAUGACGGCAGUGAUCUUAGCUUUCAAUUGUAAAUUGUUGAAAUUGUAGGCUAGGCUAAUAAAAGGAAAUAGACUUUUACCUA